UAGCUGCGUCACACACGUCCCCACCGCGCAUGUCACCGGUUAAAGGCAGGAGGCGGGGUUUAAUACGGAAGUGGGACGUGACGGAUCUUGGGAGCGUGCGUGACGUGGUUACGUCACCAACCAAAAUAUCAAGAGCAAACAUGGCUGCCAGGAGAGAUCCCAGCAGUGAUGAUGAAUCCUAUGAAGUAUUGGACAUAACAGAAUAUGCUAGACGUCACCAAUGGUGGAGUCGAAUCUUUGGCCGGAAUUCUGGUCCCUUAACAGAAAAGUAUUCUGUAGCAACACAGAUUGUCAUGGGUGGAGUUACAGGCUGGUGUGCGGGGUUUUUGUUUCAGAAAGUUGGAAAGCUUGCAGCAACUGCAGUUGGUGGUGGCUUUCUUCUGCUUCAGAUUGCAAGCCAUGGUGGUUAUGUACAAAUAGACUGGAAACGAGUUGAAAAGGAUGUAAACAAGGCAAAGAGAAAGAUAAAGAAACAGGCAAAUAAAUCUGCACCAGAAAUUAACACUUUAAUUGAGGAGUCACAAAGUUUUAUCAAGCAGAACAUCGUAGUGUCCGGGGGAUUUGUUGGAGGUUUCUUACUGGGGCUUGCCUCUUAAGAAUCAGGAAAUAAAAAGUAUUACAGAGAACUGAAACCAGUGUGGAAGUGAAUGGAAGGCGCCUGUUUGCUAACAAAGAUGCCUUGUUCUGUUUCUGUUCUGUAGGGUGGUUUUCAUGUAAAUGCUUACCUACACGGAAUGCUUACAAGGAGCUCAUGGCAUAGUCUGAAGCAACAUCUCCAGACUGAACUUUCUAUGUUAUAAAAACCUUUUUCUUGCAUUGCUAUUCAUCUACUGACAUUAGAAGCAGCUUUUUUUUUCUUUUUGUGAUUAUCAUGAAUGUCAUCAUGAUGGGUCUAAAAAAAAAAAGUUAAACAUCCAUCACAUUUUUAUAUUUAUUUAACUGUGUGUAUUUUUUUCUUUGACUAGUGCCAAAACUAUGUACUGUAAUUGGCAACCAGAGCCCUGUUGGUUAAUGUUACUGUUAUGGAAGGAAAAAAUUAUACUGUGCAAUAGAUUAUUAUAAAGAGUUUUAGACCAAGAGGUUUAAAAAAAAAAAAUAAAACUGAAAUGUAUUAUUUA